AUGACCAGGAACUCCAGACCCAAUAUUGUCCUGCUGAUGGCGGACGACCUUGGGGUGGGCGAUUUAUGCUGCUAUGGUAAUAACACAGUGAGCACACCUAACAUUGACCGCCUGGCAAGUGAGGGAGUAAGGCUCACCCAGCACCUGGCAGCCGCCUCCAUGUGCACCCCGAGCCGGGCUGCCUUUCUGACUGGCCGGUACCCCAUCAGAUCAGGAAUGAUGUCUCCCUACAACCUGAACCGUGCCCUCACCUGGCUUGGCGGGUCGGGUGGUCUUCCUACCAAUGAAACAACUUUUGCCAAGCUACUGCAGCAUCGGGGCUACCGCACGGGAUUCAUAGGAAAGUGGCACCUGGGUUUGAGCUGUGCAUCGCGGAAUGACCACUGCUACCACCCGCUCAGCCAUGGAUUUGACUAUUUCUACGGCUUGCCUUUUGGACUUCUGAGCGAUUGCCAGGCCUCCCAGACGCCAGAGCUGCACCGGUGGCUCAGGAUCAAACUUUGGAUCUCCACGGUGGUCAUUGGCCUGGUCCCUCUCCUGCUCCUUGUCCCCAAAUAUGCACGCUGGUUCCGGGUUCCCUGGAAGGUCCUCCUGUCCUUUGCUUUUUUCACCUGCCUGUUCUUCACUUCCUGGUACUCUAGUUAUGGAUUUAUUCGACGCUGGAAUUGCAUCCUCAUGAGGAACCACGAUAUCAUCCAGCAGCCCAUGAAUGAAGAAAGGGUUUCUUCCCUCCUGCUGAAGGAAGCCCUUGCCUUUAUGGACAGGUAUAAACGGGAACCUUUUCUCCUCUUUUUUUCUUUCCUGCAUGUGCACUCUCCACUUAUCACCAAAGAGAAAUUUGUUGGGCACAGUAAAUACGGAUUGUAUGGUGAUAAUGUAGAAGAAAUGGACUGGAUGGUGGGUAAAAUUCUUGACGCCCUGGACCGGGAGCGCCUGGCCAGCCACACCUUGGUGUAUUUUACCUCUGACAACGGGGGCCGUCUGGAGUCUCGGGAUGGGGCAGCCCAGCUGGGCGGCUGGAAUGGAAUCUACAAAGGUGGCAGAGGGACGGGAGGGCUGGAAGGAGGCAUCCGCGUCCCAGGAAUAUUCCGGUGGCCGGCAGUCCUGGAGGCUGGGAGAGUGAUCGAUGAGCCCACCAGUCUGAUGGACAUUUAUCCCACGCUGUCUUACAUCGGUGGAGGAAUAUUGCCCCAGGACAGGGUGAUUGACGGCCGGAACGUCAUGCCUCUCCUGGAAGGCAGGGUCUCCCACUCGGAGCACGAAUUCCUCUUCCACUACUGUGGGGUCUACCUGCACGCGGUCAGGUGGCAUCAGAGAGAUUGUGCAACCGUGUGGAAGGCUCAUUACGUGACCCCCAAGUUUUACCCAGAAGGAAGGGGUGCCUGCUAUGGAAGUGGAAUAUGUUCAUGUUCUGGGGAUGUGACCUAUCACGACCCGCCACUGCUCUUUGACCUCUCAAGAGACCCUUCGGAAGCCCUACCGCUUAACCCAGACAACGAAGCAGUCUUUGACUCAGUGAUCAAGAAAAUCGAGGCAGCUGUAAAGGAGCAUCGUAGGACACUCACGCCUGUCCCACAGCAGUUCUCUGUGUUCAACACCCUGUGGAAGCCAUGGCUGCAGCCGUGCUGUGGGACCUUCCCCUUCUGUGGCUGUGACAAGGAAAAUGACAUCCUACCUGCUGCUCUUUGA